AUGCCCAGUUACAUGCCUGUCUCAAUAUUUAUUGAGAAAGUUGGAGAUUUACGAAAUCAUUCAAAAAUGGAGAGAAUUCAAUCUUUAAUUGAAACAUUUGAAAAAGAGCCGAAUAAUAUGGGGGCUCCUUUUACUCAUUUUUGGCUAAGAGAUUAUGAAAGAUAUUUGGCUAGUGAAAUAGCUGAGGAAGAAAAUGAUGAAGAAAUUGAAGAAAAUAAUCAAACAAAAAAUCAAACUUCAAAACAGCCUUCUUUUAGACAUUCACAAAUGUCUUCAUUUCUAGGAUGGCCAGAAUAUCGGCAUUGGAAUGGAUUUUUACGUUUUAAUAAAAAUGGGCAUUUGGAAAGUUUUUUUGUAAUUACAGCCUUUCACGGGCCUGCUUUAGUUGAAUGGAAUAGUCGAGCUAAUUUACUUGGGAGAUGGAGACAAAUAGUUGAUAAUUAUACGGAUAUUGGAGCUUUUGUUUGGGUAGAAGAAUCACAGUUUUUAGAUCAGAUUGAGACGUUAGUGCCGGCUACUGUACAAUCCUCUAUUGCUACUUUGCUUUGUAUGUCGAUUGUAUGCUCUGUUUUUAUGUCAAAUAUAUUCACUGUUGCAAUUGCCACAAUAUGUAUUGUAUCAAUUUGCUUGGGAGCAUUUGGAUUAUUAGUUUUGUGGGGAAUUGAUUUAGAUCCUAUUUCAAUGGCCACAACAAUAAUGUCAAUCGGGUUUUCUGUUGACUUCCCCGCCCAUGUUACUUAUCAUUACUAUAGAUGUUCUAAAUUUGAUGAUGGUCGAAUGCUAAGUCCAGAACAAAGAGUUCAUGCUUCAUUAUUAGCUAUAGGAUUCCCACUUUUGCAAUGUGGAAUGAGUACAAUACUUUUUGUACUUUGUCUACUUUUUGUAGACACUUAUAUGAGUGAAGUUUUUGUCAAGUCAAUGUUCCUCGUUGUCUCUUUAGGUUUAAUUCACGGUUUAUUUGUUGUCCCUUCUAUGCUAUGUGCUCUCUCAAAUAUUAAUUUAUUGUUAGAGACAAUCAAAAAGCAAAUUUUCUCUCCAUCCAAUCACCGCCCAUUCUCUGCUAAUGCCAAAAGAAAAAAUUCAAUAAAUAGUUAUAAAUUACAAAGAAAAUCAAGCAGUAAAUUGGUAAUAUCGGUUGUGGGGCCUGGUUAA